UGUUGAUUAAGCUGAUGUGAAUGUUGUUUGUUUCAGGGAUCUGUGUUGGUCAGUACCUACAGAGGGUGAGCUCAAGGUUGGACCUGGGUGCUGAGCUUCUCUACCAAUACGGCCAGCAGGUUCCUGGAAGGGAGAUCUCCAUAUUGUCACUGGCAGCCAGACUUACGGGUGACCAAUGGGCAUUAAGUGCAAACGUUAGUCCGUUAGCAGGGAAUCUCCACGCUUGCUACUACCAGAAAAUUAACGAAACGCUACAAGUAGGAGCGGAGUUAGAAACCAGUUUAAGGAUGCAAGAAAGUGUGGCAACUGUAGGAUAUCAAAUAGAAAUACCCACUGCUAAUGUUCUGUUCAGAGGUCAGUUUGACACUAACUGGUGUAUAGGAGCUGUUCUGGAGAAGAAACUCCUGCCUUUCCCCUUCACAUUUGCACUGAGCGGCUAUGCCAACCACGUGAAGUCACAGUUUAGGUUCGGCGUUGGCCUCAUCGUGGGUUGACGUUGUAGAUACUGUUUGGAUGACAACUAAUAAAUAUGAAGUGUGUUAGUCAUCAGCUGAAUGUGUGAUGUGUGAAGGACAGUACUGUAUUCAUGUGCAUUUACUCCUCAGGGUGGACUUAACUAGAACACAUAUUCAUGCUUGUUAGGAAAAUAGCAUUUUGUGUGACUCGAAGAUCACGGGAGAAGCAGCAAGGCAUUUGUUGAUGGUUCAGAUCAAUUGGAAUUGUUACAGAGUGCGUAAUUAAGGGGCUCCUUGGAUCCUUGAGGUUCACUUUUGUGGCACUUGAGUCUUCGGACCCCACGUCAUAAUCUAAUAGCAUUAGAAAUGAGACCAGGGGAGUGGAAAUUUCAAGAUUGUGAACUUGUCCAGGGAUACCGUAUUCGUCAUAAUAAGCGCCCAGGGCGCUCUCAAAAUUAGAAAUUGGGGUCUCUUAUUAGAAUAUAAUUUUGGUGAGAGAAAAAAACAGAGUUGAAAUAUUGUAAAUUUUGUGGUUUAUGCUGGC